UGUGACGGUCUCAUUUGAAUUUCACCAUCUAGUCUAGUCGGGCGCUCGGUGUGUCUGACAGUGGUGGCCAACUUAUCGCCGGCAAACUCCUCCAAUCUUCUCAGCCAAAACAGCAAAAUUGUUUUGAGGAGAGAGAAAUAAUGUUUCGAUUCUUUCACAAAAUGCACCAGCGUUAUAUAUGUUUAUUUGCUUUUUUCAACUUUUAGAAUUUGAAUUUCGACCCAACAUUUCGCGAGUGCAAGCAACCAUUGCGGCAGAUUGAGAUUGGCACCAAAUAGCGCGACUUCCCACGCUGUUAGAUGAGCAGUAUGGGCGUGGUCCGUGAGUUCACGACCUUCCUGGCCGUGUGGCUGGUGGUGACCUCUGCCCCCGCCUCCACAGCCACCAACACAACGUCCACUCCACCCUCUACUGUCUUGGACAAUCUCACACCCUCUGCGGAGGCCGUCUCGACUACAGAGGGGGAGGUCGUCACCCCCUUCUUCGUCUCAGACACGACAAAGGGAAGCAACGACAGUGUGAUUAUUGAGAAUACAUCAAUAGAUACAACAAAGACAAACGACGACAUCAUUGAGAAUACAUCAACAGAUACAACAAAGACAAAUAACGACAUUAUUGAGGACAUUAUUGAGGACAUAUCAACAGAUACAACAAAGACAAACAACGACAUUAUUGAGAAUACAUCAACAGAUACAACAAAGACAAACAACGACAUUAUUGAGAAUACAUUAACAGAUACAACAAAGACAAACAACGACAUCAUUGAGAAUACAUCAACAGAUACAACAAAGACAAACGACGACAUCAUUGAGAAUACAUCAACAGAUACAACAAAGACAAACACCGACAUCAUUGAGAAUACAUCAACAAACACAACACCCCCCACCUCAACAACUUCUCACGACCUCUACGACGAGCCCACAGACACAACACCGAGCUCUACGGUCCCUGACGCCGACUACGAUCUUCUCUACGAAGCACAGAGAGUUUACAAACAGCUCCACGGGAUCAUUCACAACUCAGACAGCUUCAAAUACAGAAUCCCGCCCUUCAGGACCAGCAUUGAGAUGUAUUUCGAGCCUGUCCAAGUCGUUUCGGUCAACGACGGGGAACAGUCGGUCCACCUGAAGGUGUUUAUUGACCUCUACUGGACGGACAUGAGUCUGGCCUGGGAUCCUCUGGACUACCAGGGACUGGACAUGCUGGAGAUAUCGUCUGACAAGAUUUGGACGCCGAGGAUCAUCAUCCCACACGCCAUCGAGAAAGAGGAAAUACAAGUGCCCAAAUUCUUGCACCUGAGCCAUGAUGGAGGAGUGAGGGCCUUGGUUCCUGGGUUUGUGAAGUUCCUGUGUUAUCUGGACCUGGAGUUCUUCCCCUUCGACGAGCACAAAUGCCAGCUGGCGUUCCUGGAGAGCAGCCGCAACACCCUUCUCCCGCUCACCACCACCAGCGCCACCACCCUCAAGGCGGAGUUUUCUACUAGCGCAGACUGGGUUCUCCUGGGCUACAACUGUACACAGAACACCCUGCCGCGAGAGGACACCACCUUCGUGUCCUGUGAUAUGCGCAUGCGUCGCAGGAGUACCUUCUACGUCGUCAACCUGGUGCUGCCCAUGGCCUUGACCUCUACAAUGACCUUGGCGGUGUUCCUGGUUCCGGUGGAGUCCGGGGAGAAGUUGUCGUUCCUGGUGUCCAUCUUCGUGUCCACUUCCGUGUUCCUCAACUUUAUCGUGGACCUCGUGCCGCGCAGUAUGGAGAAG